UGCCUCCUUGUCACCAGAUGGUGGUAGUGAACGAUCAUGUUCAAAAUAGAUUAGCAACACUUGGUGAGGUUAAGUUGCUGUAGGAAAAGUGUAUAUUAAUAACAUUAAUCAUGAAUUUCCUGGCCAGAAGUGUAAUGAACAUAGCGAGAACUUGCGUAGCAAGUACCAUUCCAAGUGGCAGCCUAACGAGAUUUUGUGGAAUCAACUCUAGUCAAGGAAACAUAACGAAUGCCACGAGGAUAUGUGUGACCACAGCGCUGCAAGGGUUGGGACAGAUCAGAUUUGGCAGCUCAUUAUGGCAAAUGUAUAGGAGAGGUGGACCAUACAAAAAGCGCAAACCUUCGAAGAAUCCUUUCGACGGCGCACCAUUUAUGAAGGGCGUAGUUUUAAAAACCGUCAUUAGAAAGCCGAAGAAGCCUAACUCUGCGAAUCGAAAAUGCGUCGUUGUGAGAUUGUCAAACGGCAAAGAAAUGACGGCGUAUGUUCCCGGAAUCGGCCACAAUCUACAGGAACAUAAUAUAGUGCUCUGCAAGAAUGGACGACUGCGAGAUACACCUGGCGUUAAGAUAAAAUGCGUGCGUGGAAAAUAUGAUUUGCCACAUGUAGCUAAGAGCAAUUAAUUUACAAUUAUCAAUUGUCACCAAUUGUCUGGCUAUGUAAGUUCUGUAAAAAAAAAAAUAGAUUAACUAUAACUUUUAACUUCGUUACUGUCUAUACUUUUAUUAUGUACAAUCUGUAUCAAUAAAAAAAUAAUAAUUAGUUCCUAA